CUGUAAAGUCAACUUUGGAUUGGGUCCCACAGUUCCAAUCAACCACCUUUGAACUUCUGUUGCUCGUUCUCGUCUUGUUCGUCUUUUUGACGGGUAGACUUUGAAAAAAUUUCGUGUCCGGCGAGCGUCGUCAUGGGCUUCUCUCACUCGGCGUGAUGAGUAUUCUCCUUGCCCUACUUGCCGUGUUUUCCCCGAUCAAAGCCGGGGAGCAUGACGACAUGUCUUUGGGCACGAUGGUCCGUUCCCCUCUGUGUGCCUUCCGGCGAUGGUGUCUUAACACGCGUGUGCUCAAGGGGACUCACUCGUGGGAGGAGAGGGGAGGGGUGAGUGCGGAAGAGGGGGUCGGAGAUGGAGGAAGAAGCGGCUGAAUUACGAUCCCAUUAACCUCACGAGACCCCUCAAAUGACCUCUCUCAUCCGCAUAUUCUUCGCCAAGUGAUGUCAACGUCGGAAAAAAACGAAGAGUUAAGACGGGAGACGGGGAGAUGCGAAUAUUUCAGCGAGGUAUAGUGUGGGUGUUCCUAUAUUUGCUAAAUCAUUCUCAUCCAGACUCAUUCAUCCAGGUAUCCAGAUAUGCGGCCGCACCAGCCAGGCACCAGGCACAAAUACUCAAAAUCUGGAUGGUGGAUUGUAGGACUUGUAGUGGUUGCUUAUUCUUCAUGCCCAAUCGGCGGACCUGUGGGAUUGGGAUGGCUGGGAGUGAACGCUCAGACGAGGGGAAGGGGGGAAAGAAGAUGGAGGGUAUUAGUGAGACCGCAACACCGUUAAUCAUAGGACGACGAUGUGUUAGUGAGCGGGAAAAACUCUGGAUGGUGUGUGUAUACGUACGUACGACUUUACACAGUAGACAGAAAGCUACGUGUAAGCAAGAUCAGGUACGACUACGAGGAACGAAUGAAAGCUUCGGACGGUGCGAGGGGGAGGAGACGGGAAUCCGAUAUCGAACCCGAAAGCUUGGGAUGGUUGUGUGUAUGUAUGGUACGGGUAGGCUUGAUCAAAGUGAAGGUAGAGGGGUCGAAUGGUUCAGGGGAAGAGUGUGAAGCAUGCUUUGACGAGGCUCAACGUCGGAUGUGAACCGUGUCAACAGCCUUACUUCCUGCAAUGCCACCAUAAUACUCUCCUCUUCUACACUGCGCGCGCGCGUGUAAACGAAUGCAUGG